CAGCAGGCAAUUCAUAGCUCUACAGUUGAAAAUAAUGACAAUGGAGGUUGAGAUAGUAUCCAGAGAGUGCAUCAAACCCUCUUCUCCAACAUUAUCAACUCAUCAUCUCAAAACCCAUAAAAGCUCUCUCCUUGAUCAAUUCGUCCCCUCCGCAUACUUUCCCUUAAUUCUCUUUUACCAGCCAAACCAACCCUCCUCCUCCUCCUCCAUCUCUGAAACAUCACAAGUGUUGAAACAAUCUCUCUCUCAGAUACUAACUCUUUACUAUCCUCUAGCCGGAAAGGCCGAGGACCAUCUUUCCAUUGAUUGCAAUGAUGAAGGCGCUUGUUAUAUCAAUGCCAGAAUCGAUUGCAACUUAUGUGACUAUCUCAAACACCCCACUACCUCAGCAUUCCCCAAAUUUUUGCCAGACGAGAUCAUGUACAGAGAAGUUGUUCCUGGGGAUCAUGUUUUGAUGAUUCAAGAAACUUUGUUUUCUUGUGGUGGCAUUGCAAUUGGCGUGGUUGCUUCACACAAGAUUUUUGAUGCAACUGCUCUGUGUACAUUCAUGAGAACUUGGGCUAUUAUUGCUCGAGAUUCAAUUGAAGGAGCUCCGACUCCAGAUUUCAGUGCCCCAUCAAUUUUCCCCCAAAACCAUCCAUUCCCACAAGAUCUAACCACUCCAGGUUUGUCAAGUCUCUUGAUUGGAGAUGGCAUGUCUGUUAUGAAAAGGUUUGUGUUUGAUGGAUCAGUCUUGAGCAAUCUCAAAGCCAAAGCAGCAAGCUCAAUGGUGCCCAACCCGACUCGAACAGAGGUUGCGUCUGCAUUCCUUUUGAAACGCAUAAUGUCUGCAUUCAAGCUAAAAUCAGGAACCCAGAAACCAGCUUUGGUGACAAAUACAGUGAAUUUGCGACGAAGGGCUGUCCCACAAUUCCCAGAAACUUUUGUGGGGAAUUUUGUGAUUUUAGUGGCCAAGAUGAUAUCAAAAUCAGAGGGUGAGGAAAUAGAGUUGUGUGAUUUCGUCCAUCAGAUGAGGGAAGCUGUUUUGGCAAUCAACGGUGACCUUGUGAAGAGCUUUGAAGGUGAUGAAGGAUUGGGAAAUUUUUGUGGGGCCUUGAAAGAGUUUCGUGAAUUAGUUUUGAAGUCUGUAUCGGAGGGAAUGGAACAAGUUGCGAUUAAUAGCUGGUGCAACCUUGGGCUUUAUGAAGUCGAUUAUGGAUGGGGAAAGCCUUUAUGGAUUCCAUUUGCGGGUGCGGUUGCGGGUGCAGCCCAACUGCCGCCUGUGAAUAUGAUCCUUUUGAUGGACGCAAGAGAUAACAAAGGAGUGGAAGCAUGGGUGGCACUGAAUGAACAAGUGAUGCACUUGUUAGAAAAUGAUGAGGAACUACUUUCUUUAGCCUCGGUUAAUCCGAGUCCUCUAUAAAGUGUUUUUCAUGAUACAUGUAACGGUAAAAAAUAAUCAGGGCGGACCCAAGAUUAGAAUGGGGGGCGAACAAGUAGUGGUAAUCUACAAGUCCAUAAUAAAAUUGCAU